AUGGAAGCUGCCCGCCUGCUGCUCGUGCUGGCCGUGAUCUCCGGAAGCCUGAGGGAAGGCCGAGGCCUUGAGGAGGGACUCGGCUCCCAAGAGCUCUUCGCUGAGGAACCCAAUGCGUAUCCAGAGAGACUUUUGGACUGGAUGCAGCAAGAAAAUGAGGAGCACGCGGGCCAGAGCCCACCUGAAGAGCAUCCGCUGGGUAGUCUCCUCCGUUCCCUGAUGCACGCUGUCCAAAGACCGGGACGCAGCCCGUCCUUCCUAUUCCAGCCCCAGAGGUUUGGUCGCGACGCCAGAAGCAGUCUCAGCAACGGUGGCCGGAUCAAUCUCCGGGCGUGGGACUCCAUGGCGCCCCAGUUUCUGAGCAUGGCUACGCCGCAGCGCUUUGGCAAGAAAAAGUGA